AAAUAAUUUAUAUUAUCCUUGUAAUAAAUUCAAUUAUUUCCAUCUCUGAGGCAAUUUACAUUUCCCAAUAUAAUGAGGCGAAUGUAGUUCGUGAAAUAAAAUCUCAGUUAACUGAGUUGAGAGCUGGACAGGGAAAAAUGAGAAAUGAUCUUGCCAAGGACUCUGACAUAAAACUUGUCAGAUCGGAUUUACAGUUUAUAAAAGAGGAGCUGAUACGACAGAAAAAAGAUAUAGAUGCUGAGCAAUCGAAUAUUCAAUUAAGAGCAGAGAUCGAACAACAAAAGCAAAAUAUACUUGAUAGGGAAGCGAAUAUUCUAAUACUGAAAGCGGAGUUGGAGAAACUGAAGCAAAGUGUACUUGAUAAAGAAUCAGAAAAUCAGCUUCUUAAAAUGGAGCAGGAGAAUCAGAAAAGGUUGAUAGACGGACUUCAUAAAGAAUUGGAUAAACACGAUUCGUUGUAUUUCCUAUACAAUUGUUUCGAGGCCAAGUCCAGUGGGACCUACGACAUAAUCCUUCCCAACUUUAGGCAACCUUUUAAAGUUGCCUGCGAUGCGGAAACUCAAGAAGGAGGAUGGACGGUUAUCAUGAGGAGGAUCGAUGGAAGUGUCAACUUUUAUCGGAACUGGACGGAAUACAAAACUGGGUUCGGAGAUCUGGAUGGUGAAUUCUUCAUGGGUCUGGAUAAGAUACACGCAAUGACGGCGCACAGAAAACAGGAGCUACUUGUUCUUCUGGAGGACUUUGAGGGAGACAAACGAUUUGAGAAGUACGAGGAAUUCGCAAUCGGUGACGAGGACCAAGAAUAUGUAUUACACACUCUGGGCAACGCCACUGGAACUGCAGGUGAUUCACUCUCAUAUCAUCGUGGCAUGAAGUUUACAACAUUUGAUCGGGAUAAUGAUUUGUGGUUAGAUGGGAAUUGCGCCGAACGCGGCACUGGUGCCUGGUGGUACAAUUAUUGUCAAAGAAGCCAAUUGACGGGGAAAUAUAAAGACACUGGAAAGGACAAAGGCAUCACUUGGGACAGUUUUCGGGGUUUCAAGUACUCCCUCAAGACAGCCGUUAUGAUGAUUCGGCCAAAGAAGUAAACACAAAGUCUUAAUCAAGGCUGCAAACCGGUUCUGAGCCGAACCUCGUAGAACCGGUUUGGUUCGGGUUUGUAAGCAGCCCGAACCGGAUCAUGAACCGAACCCUUGAAAUUACUUACUUUGCAAACCCGAAACUAAGCCGUACCACAUUCUAUAAUAAAAAGUUCGGUUCGAAAAAAUAUUUGCAUAAA